CAGUGAUUUUAUAUAUACACCAAUUUAUCUAAAAAAUUGUCGUUAGUUAUUCGAAACAAAAUACUUUGGGAAAAAUGGAGAAUUUGGAAUUGAUGUUAUUUAUGUUGAUAAUUUUCUGUUUGAUAUUUAUUGAAGCGUAUGAAAAUAGAUAUUCAGAUGACGAAAGUGUCAACCAAAUCGAAGAAGAUAAUAUAUAUAUUACAGAAAAAAGUGACUUAGAAAUAUUAAAACUAGCUUAUGAGAGUGGACAUGAAUGGGAUGAACAUACGACUAGAAUGGCAGCAGCGUGUGAAAGAUUAGAAUGUUUAGUAUAUGCUCACGAAAAGGGAUGUAAAUGGGAUGCAAGUACAACUGCUACAGCUGCCAUCAAAGGUAAUUUAGAAAUUUUAAAAUAUGCUCAUAAAAAUGGAUGUCCAUGGAAUGAAUCAACAACAGAAGCAGCUGCAAUUUACGGUAGUUUAGAAUGUUUGAAAUAUGCACAUAAAAAUGGAUGCCCAUGGAAUAAAUCUACAACAAUGGCAGCUGCACAAUAUAGCCAUUUAGAAUGUUUAAAAUAUGCACACGAAAAUGGAUGCGAAUGGGAUGAAAAAAUCAUCGAAGCUGCUGCUUUUAAUAAUGAUUUAGACAUUUUAAAAUAUGCACAUAAAAAUGGAUGUCCAUGGGAUAAAAAAACAACAGAAGCAGCUGCAAGCCAUGGUAGUUUAGAAUGUUUAAAAUAUUUAUAUGAAAAUGGAUGUCCAUGGGAUGAAAAAACAACAGAAGCAGCUGCAAGUUAUGGUAGUUUAAAAUGUUUAAAAUAUGCCCACGAAAAUGGAUGUAAAUGGGAUGAUGGCACAACUAGAGCUGCUGCCUCAGGUGGUAAUUUAGAUUGUUUAAUAUAUGCCCAUAAAAAUGGAUGUGACUGGCAUGAAGAUACAAUAUGGGCUGCUUCUAUAAACGGAUAUUUAGAAUGUUUAAAAUAUGCCUACGAAAAUGGAUGUAAUUGGGAUGAUGACACAACAAGAUAUGUUGCUGAAGGUGGUUCUCUCGACUGCAUAAUUUAUGUUCAUUUAAAUGGAUGUAAUUGGGCUAAUGGUACAGCUAGAGCUGCUGCUUUAGAAGGAAAUUUUGAAAUUUUAAAAUAUAUUCACGAAAAUGGAUGUGGUUGGGAUGAUGGCACAAUUAGAGCUGCUACUUCAGAAGGUAAUUUAGAUUGUAUAAUAUAUGCCUACAAAAAUGGAUGUAAUUGGGAUGAAAGUACAAUAAGACUUGCUGCUGAAGGUGGAUUUUUUGACAUUUUAAAGUAUGCCCACGAAAAUGGAUGUAAAUGGGAUGAAGGUACAACUAGAGCGGCUGCAUCAAGCGGCUGUUUAGAUUGCUUAAUUUAUGCCAAUGAAAAUGGAUAUGUUUGGGAUAAAGGUACAACUAAAGCUGCUGCAGCAAGUGGCUGUUUUGAUUGUUUAGUAUAUGCUCAUAAAAAUGGGUGUAAUUGGGAUGAGGGUACAACUAGAGCUGCGGCAGCAAGCGGCUGUUUAGAUUGUUUAAUAUAUGCUAAUGAAAAUGGAUGUAACUGGGAUGAAUAUACAAUAGUUACAGCUGCCACACAUGGUAAAUUAGAUUGUUUAAAAUAUUGUCAUACAUGUCUAAGUGAUUGGGUCGAAGGUACAAUGAGAGGUGCUGCAGCAAAUGGACAUUUAGACUGCCUAAUAUAUGCUUAUGAAAAUGGUUGUGAUUGGGACGAAGGUACAACAAGAGAAGCUGCUGCGAGUGGUUAUAUGAGCUGUAUGAUAUAUGCACAUGAAAAUGGUUGUAAAUGGGAUGAAGGGACAAAAAGUGGAGCUGCUGCAAAUGGACAUUUAAACUGCCUAAAAUAUGCCCAUGAAAAUGAAUGUGAUUGGGACGAGAGCACAACAAGACUUGCUGCUGCUAAUGGUCAUUUUCGUUGCUUAAAAUACGCAAAUGAACAUUUUUGUCCUUGAAGUAGAAGUACGAUUUAUGAAGCUACUCGAUAUUCUCAUUUUGACAUAAUAAACUAUGCUUAUGAAAAUAAUUGUCCUAAUGAGUUUUUUGUUUCUUUAUUUUUUAUAUUCAUUCAUGUUGGCCAUUUACGUUAUAUUGUAAUUAAAUUGUCUUAAAUAUUAAUGGAGUUAAUUUUAUUGACAGCGUU